GCUGUUGCUCCUCCACCAGUGAGAGAGAGCAGGCGAGAGAGCGAGAGCGAGAGAAGGAGAAGGAGAAGGAGGCUGUGCCCUCCGGCGGAAUCUCCGUUCUCAUCUACUGGCUCAUGAAGGAGAACAACACCACUAAAGUAUUCUUCUUUCUAGGGUUUCCUUUUAUUCGGAUUUGAUUGGUUUUUUGUGAGAGAAAAUUGUUCGGAAAAGCUUGGGGGUUUGUUUCAGGAACCAAAAAAGUGAGAAUGGGGAAAGGUCCGUUCUCGUUGAAGCGUAGCAGCAGCAGCCGGCGGCAGCGGCCGAAGAAGUUUAUCGGCCCUCCACCCUCUCCUUUCCCUUCGCCGCCUCCUCCGCCUCGGCCCAUGGGAUCCGCCCCCUCCUCGCCCCUGAACAACAACAGUUUGGCUGUCAAGGCCAAGAAGAAGGCCGGCGGAGGAGCCAGGCUCUGGAUGCGAUUCGAUCGCUGCGGCGGUUCCGAGCUCGUCGAGUGUGACAAGAAUGCUAUUAUCCGACGCGCCGCCAUUCCCCCUCGUGACUUGAGAAUUCUCGGCCCCGUUUUCUCCCAUUCCUCCAGCAUCCUCGCCAGGGAGAAGGCCAUGGUGGUGAAUUUGGAGUUUAUCAAGGCUAUAGUUACCGCCGAAGAGGUUCUGUUGCUUGAUCCUCUUCGGCAGGAGGUUCUUCCGUUUGCGGAUCAACUAAGGCAACAGCUUCCUCAAUCAAGGGUUGAUGAACAAGAUAAUCAACUGGAUGCUUCAACAGCAAGGCAAUGGCUACCUGUUCCCGAGGCCGUUGAAGGUUUGCAAUGUGAUCUCCCAUUUGAGUUUCAGGUUCUCGAGAUUGCUCUAGAAGUUGUCUGUACGUACUUGGAUUCCAGUGUGGCAGACCUUGAGAUGGAAGCCUACCCUGUGCUCGAUGAACUCGCCAGAAAUGUCAGCACCAAGAAUCUUGAACUUGUUCGCAGUUUGAAAAGCAAUCUCACCCGUUUGCUUGCACGAGUACAGAAGGUGAGGGAUGAAAUUGAACAUUUGUUGGAUGACAAUGAAGACAUGGCACAUUUAUAUUUGACAAGAAAGUGGAUUCAGAAUCAACAAUCUGAGGCCUUGUUGGCACGUUCUGGCUCAAAUAGAAGCAGCCCUACUGCACCCAAUCUCCGUCGGCUAGGCUCUAAUAGAAGCAGUAGUUUGGUAACUAGCAACAACAUGGGUGAAGAUGAUGUAGAGGAUCUAGAAAUGUUGCUUGAGGCUUAUUUUAUGCAACUUGAUGGAACUCGUAACAAGAUAUUGUCUGUACGGGAGUAUAUAGAUGACACAGAGGAUUAUGUCAACAUUCAACUUGACAACCAGAGAAACGAACUCAUUCAGCUCCAAUUAACAUUGACCAUUGCAUCAUUUGCUAUAGCCGUAGAGACCUUGAUCGCUGGAAUAUUUGGUAUGAACAUUCCCUGUGUAUUAUACGAUAAGAAGGGGAUAUUUGAGUUAUUUGUUGGAGGUGUCACUGCAUUUUCGGUAUUGCUUUUCUUCCUUGUUUUUGGGUAUGCAAGGUGGAAGAAGCUGCUUGGUUCGUGAGUCCCCUUCAUGAUCUUUUGUAUAUAUAAUAGAUUCACAAACUUGUUUACCUGACUAUCAACCUCUCACCCAAAAAAAAAAAAAAAAAACUGCGGCCUGACUUUUACGACUGCUCUAACAUCAUUGAUCAUUCGGCCUUUCUUUUAUGUAAAAUAUAUGUUAGUGUACAAUUAUUGUAUAUUAGAAUACAGAAAAUUUUCCAUUAUGAUUACAUCAACUGGGUUGUCUUCCUUU